AUCACUUUUUAAAAACCAUUUUACAAUUUUUCUAUAUUAUCACUUCCUCCGUCUUCUUCAAUUCCAAUCCUCACCCUUUCAAUUUUCCCUCUACGCCAGCAGUCCCACGGCGCCAUUUCACGGUGGGCCGGUGGUGCUUUCACCCUUCUCCGUCACCUAUCAUCGUAAAAAUCAAACCUUUAUAAAAAAAAAACUUCAGACCCAAAAAAGAAAGAAAAGAGAAUGACUUUGAUUGCUUCUUUGUCUCUCUCACCACUACAAGCUAUACAAAGACAAUCACUUUCGGAUUCUAAUCGCUUCAAAUGUCAAUUUCGCUCUUCUUCUUCUUGUUCACCUCUGUCUUCUCUUCAUUCAUCAUCGCUUAGUAACUUUCUUGAUUUUAGACUACGGCGGAGACAGGGCGGCGGAUUGGUGCCGGUGGUAGCGUGUUCAACGACUCCGUUUAUGGGUAGAGUUGGUUCACAUUGGAGAGAUGGGAACAUGUCUCUGUUAUCUUUCUGUGGUGGAACUGAUGUUACGGAGAGAGCUGACUCGUCUCAGUUUUGGUCUGCUUUGCUUCCUUUUGUUGUUGCUCUCACCGCCGUUGCUGCUCUCUCUUACCCACCUAGUUUCACCUGGGUAUCUAAAGAAAUGUAUGCUCCUGCUCUUGGAGGGAUUAUGUUAUCUAUUGGAAUCCAGCUUUCUAUUGAUGAUUUUGCUCUUGCAGUCAAAAGACCUGUGCCGCUAUCUGUUGGGUUUGUUGCUCAGUACGUUCUGAAACCGCUCCUUGGGUUUUUAGUUGCUAAUGCCUUUGGGAUGCCGAGGACCUUCUAUGCUGGUUUUGUACUCACAUGUUGUGUGGCAGGGGCUCAGUUAUCUAGCUACGCGAGUUCUUUGAGCAAAGCAGAUGUGGCCAUGAGCAUUCUUCUCACUAGUUCUACGACUAUUGCUUCUGUACUCUUUACCCCUUUGCUAACUGGUCUUCUGAUUGGAUCGGUAGUUCCUGUUGAUGCAGUUGCCAUGUCCAAGUCCAUACUACAGGUGGUGCUUGUUCCAGUCACUCUUGGCCUUGUGUUAAAUACUUAUGCAAAGCCUGUGGUCACUCUUAUUCAACCCGUGAUGCCGUUUGUUGCUAUGGUGUGCACUUCAGUGUGCAUUGGAAGCCCACUUUCGAUAAAUCGCAGUCAGAUUCUGUCAGCUGAAGGCCUUGGAUUGAUUAUUCCAAUUGUUACAUUCCAUGCAGUAGCAUUUGUAUUGGGAUAUUGGUUCUCUAAGAUCCCAGGCUUACGGCAAGAGGAAGAAGUUAGCCGGACUAUCUCGCUUUGUACAGGAAUGCAGAGCUCCACAUUAGCCGGGCUUCUUGCUAGCCAGUUCCUUGGUAGCAGUCAAGCCGUUCCAGCAGCUUGCUCUGUGGUUGUAAUGGCCAUAAUGGGUCUAUGCCUUGCUUCUUUCUGGGGCAAUGGGUUUCGAAUCAGGGACAUUCUAUCGCUAUCAACACCGCAAAGCAGUGGCUACACCGCUGAAUCAUGAGCAAUAAAUAGCAGCAACAAACCUGUAAAGCAAGGGAACCACAACUUGGGACAUUGAUGACAAAUGCUUUCCGGUCUUUUUGAUUUGAUGUACAAACAGCAUUUGGGAAGUAAAGAUAAGGUUUAGAGGGGAUGGUAUAGGUAGUGUAGACCAAUCAUCUUGUAUGUAGUUUGCUAAUUCAUGGUAUAAAAGUUGAUCCUUUGUUGCCU